CUCCAACACAUCUCCGUUGUAUGCCAGACUUGCCUUCCGCGAGGAAAAUUCAGUGCAUUGCCAUUAGUGCGCGUUGUGUGGGCUGAUCAUCGUCUUGUGGCGAAACACCAGGUUGUUGGCCAAAUCGCACCAGCAGUGGUAGAUCAUGAAAUUAGCCUUCUUCGCACUCUCCACUCUGCUGGUGCUGCAUCACGCCCAUGCACAAUUCGGCAGAGGCUGUGCUGAUCUGGGAGAUGCUCUCAUAAACGAGGCCUGCUCCGGCUUUGUGCAGUAUGUAAAAGACAGCAACGAGUACUACUAUGACAAGCCAAACUCCGCCCUCCAGCAAUACAUCAGACAGACGCCCUCACCAAGUGCACAGUGCUGUUCAGAUGCCACAGCAUUUGUGAACAAGGGUUGCUCCUGCAACAGCAUGUUUGUGUCAUACGUGGCGGCACAGCGAGGCUUCACAGCAAAGACCCUUGCCGUGGUGGCGCGGGCGGUGCAGCUGUCAUCCUGCGCAGCUAACUCCCCCAUCAACAACCCCUGUGACUCUGGGGUGCCUGCUGCACAGACGCCGCGUCUCAUCACUGUUGACGGUUGAUUGCUCCCGAAGGACGCAAGCAGUGCCCCUAGAUAAGAACCGAAUAUAUACCUCCUUUAAGGCAAUAAAGACCAGCAGAGCCCCUAGAUAAGGGGACACUAACUUGCACAGCAAACAUGUGAGCUCCAGUGCAGUCGGUGGGAUUCAAGACUGUACAUCUACUGCAGUUCCUGGUGCUGCAUCGUUCGCUCAAGCUGCGCCCAUAGGUUGACAGAUGCAAUGCUGAAACAGCAGCAGAGGAUGGUUGAAAUAUUUUAUUGAGGGUGCUGAAGGACUUGUACAAUGUACUGUGUAGGAGGCAGUGAUCUUAGAAGGAGGGGGUGUAAUCUAUCCUGCAGAAGGACAGAUGCCGUAUAAAUUCCAGUUUUGGAGGGAGGGCACAUAGGGCAAGAUUCCAGUGCGGUAAAUCGAAUGGGACCUCACUUACGCUUGAAGCUUGUGUCAAAAUUGAUUUGAUCUCAGGUCGUCAAAUCUGCUGU